AUGGUGAAUACUCGCAAGGGGUCUUAUGUGCCUAAGCAGUCUGAAGAUGCACCUAAUGCCAUCACUUCUUUGCCUUCUGCAGGAGAAGCCACCAGUAGGUUGCAGAAGUCUUUACGUUCUGAGGCUGUGCCUGAAGUCGGGGAGUCUGCUGCUCCUGUUUCUCCUGCUGUGCAUGCACAUCGAGCUUCUGAGGCCACUGUAUCGGAUAUGGAUUCAGAUGAUCAGGAUAAUGUUUCGUUAAUUCGUUUGUUAAAGAAACCCUCAGAGCCAGUUACAACCGAGAGGCUCCCUUCUGAUCCCCCAGGUUCCAUUCACUCUCAAGAGAGCUCAUCAACCGAAGGGGUAUUCAUUCCAACUUCAGGAGACCCUCGACGCUCACCAGCUAUACCUUCAGGUCAUUCUUCCUCUGUUCACCCUUCUCAAUCGAAACUACCUACUUCGCAACCGGAUGCAGUGCCUGCACACAUUCUUGAAAUCGCUACUGCUACACGUGAGGAACAAACUGAUGGUUCUCAAAAUGAUGAUCAGUGUGCUUCUUUUAACCAGACUGAGAUACCUCCUGAAGAUAUUCUUCCUCCUACUGAUGAUCCCAUUGCACCAUCUUCUGAAGGAAGGCCAGAGUCUCUUAAAGGUCCUAAACCCCCAAAAAGAAAAACUCAACAAGGUAUGAGAAAUGUUACCAAAAAAACUGGUAGAAAGAAAAUCCUUGCAAAUGUUCCAUCUGUUCCCAUUGAUGGAAUUUCUUUUCAUCAUGAGGAAAGCGUUCAACGUUGGAAGUUUGUGAUGCAGAGGAGAAUUGUCGAUGAGUUAAUUAGAGAAUUUAUUGUCAAUCUGCCUGAUGAUUUUAAUGAUUCGAGUAGUGUUGACUAUCAGACGGUGCACAUUAGAGGGUUCAAAUUUGUGAUUUCACCUGCUGUGAUAAAUGGUUUUCUUAGAAAUACUAUUGAUAUUGACUGCUCUCCAUCAUGUCCUACUACUAAGGUUUUAGCUACUGUCUUACCUGGAGGGACCUUGUCCACAUGGCCUGUGAAUGGAAUCCCUGCAGCUGCUCUCCGUGUCAAGUAUGCCAUUCUGCACAAGAUUGGCAUUGCCAAUUGGUUUCCUUCCUCACAUGCCUCAAGCAUAUCUGCUGCCUUAGAUACAUUCUUGUAUCAAAUUUGCAAUAAUGAUAAAGUAGAUACGGGUGCCUUCAUUUACAAUCAACUGUUGAGGCAUGUUGGGUCAUUUGGGGUCAAGGUUCUCAUUGCUUUUCCGAGGUUGUUCUCCAGUCUGCUACUUCACCUAAAUGGAGCGGUGCUUACUGCAUCUGAUGCUCCUGGACCUGAACCUAAGACAAUUGUAGAUGACUCUGCUGAAGGCUUCUAUGUGGAUCGUGAGUUAGCUACCCGCAUUAUUAAUUCCUUGACUGCUGAAUCUCGUGCAUUGACUAACUUCAUCACUCUGUUGUCUGAAUGUCGAUUAGAGGUUGAUGAUCUCAUUCGACAUUUGAAGUCUUCGACACCAUCUACUAGUCGUCAGCAGCCACCAUCUGAUGUUGUGUCAUCGAGUUGGGUUAUCAAUUCCAAGUAUUCUGAUUACUGUUUUUCACUAUCUGUUACCUUUGUCGUUACUCCAGUUCUUGACUUGAGUGUUAACUUAAGACAUCAAGUUAUUCGUAAGUUCCUUUUUCAUUUGGUAAGAAUGAUAGCAUUUUUGAAAUCUAUGGACAACAAAACUUGGAAAGCUGUGAUGACUGGAUGGGAACACCCAACUAUGACAGAUGUUACUGGGAAAGUCUUGCUUAAGCCUGAAUCUCGUGGUCAAAUGUUGAAGAUGAAGCUUUGUUGGGAAAUUCCCACAUAUUCAACGGAGUAG